CUCUUCUUCUUUAAGUUUUAUAGUAUAGUCUCAGAUCUCACAAUGCUAAAAUACGCCACCGUCAUUUUUCUAGUUGCUUACGUACAUGCAGGGGUGUACCCUGGAAUAUAUGGGGGUUACGGAGGUUACGGGGGUUACGGUGCACCACUGGGUCAUGCCACUUCCUACCAAUACCUUAUCAAGUACGAUCAGCCUAUCUUGCAUAGACCGUGGACUGGAUAUGCGCCAGGAAUACCGUAUGCUGUAGGUGCUCCAUCCCUAACUUUCGGUACAGGUCUCGGUUAUGGUGGACCUUCAUAUGGUUAUGGUGGAUGGCCUAUCAGUAAAAUUUCAGCCUUAUAAUUUAACCA